UUCUGUGGCUGUUAAAGGGUUAAGCUAAAGGCGCCGUGUGUCAGUUAGGCAUUGGUUUUCUAAUCUGCAGCUGAAGUGAGUGCAAAGUGUGUGGAAGUGCAGACAGAGAGCAGCAGCAGGGAAAAGAGGGAAGAGGCCAGGUUAAACAGGCUCAAAGCAAAGGAAACCAAACAAAGGAGACUGCUUUCAGAGAGGGUCCGAUAGGGAGACAAUUGGCAGCAGCACAGAGAGAGAGAAGAGUAGAAGGAAAACACCACCAUGACACACCGGCUGUUUGAGGGGAAGGAUCAUGCCUCAAUCUACCAAAAGUAUCGCUUCACACCUCCAGAGGAGCUCAAGAACAUCAUUCUGCAAUACCUCGAUAAAAAGAAGGGACAGCCACACGGGCUGGCAGUGGACCUGGGCUGCGGGACGGGCCAGAACUCGCGUCUCCUGGCGCCGCACUUCCAGGAAGUGGUGGGCAUCGACGUCAGUGAGUGUCAACUGGAGGAGGCCAGGGCCGUGCCGGGGUUGUCCAACAUCACGUACAGAAAGGGGACCGCUGAGGAGCUUUCUUUUCCGGACUGCUCCGUGGACUUGCUGACAGCGGCGUCGGCGGCCCACUGGUUCGACCAGUCGCGGUUCCUGGCCGAGGCAAGUCGGGUCUUGAAGCCCCGGGGUUGCGUGGCCCUGCUGGGCUUCAGGGACACUUGCACCCGCCUUCGCUACCAGGGCUGCGGAGACAGACUCGAUCGCCGGUUCGAAGAGGUGAGGCAGGAGCUGUUGCCAUACACUAGCACUCGAGUAACCGUAUCCGACGGGAAGCUGGAGGAGCUCUACUCUGCCAUCCCUUUCCCCGACAAAGAGAGGAUUGAGAGGGUUCCGGUGAAGUCGUCAAUCUCGGUGAGGAACCUGGUGGGUUUCAUUGAGAGCAUGUCCAUGUUCCAAGGUUAUAAGAAGAAAGAUCCCAAGGCGGCUGGGGAACUGCUGCUCAAGACUCAGAAGAGGUUCCUGGAGGAGAUGGGAGUCAUGUCUCCUGACACUGAAGUAGAGCUGGAACUGGAAUAUUUCUGCGUCCUGGCGUCAAAACCAGGAUAAUCAAUAGCGUGGCAUUUGGGUGGGUGUGUUUUGAGAGAGAGUUUGAGGGUCUUAGAUGCUGCAAUCUGCAAUGUAUUAACUUGAAAACAAUCAAGUUAUUGAUGCACAAAGGAGUGUGUUUGUUGAAUGUAGACAUUUCUAAAUAAACCUUUUCUUCUGA